AAAAAAGAACACAAAAGAAGACGACAAUAGAAAGUCACCGCAGUACAUCGUUUGGGAAGGUAAUUAGAUUUUUGCCAAUUGAAGCUUCAUUAAUACAGCGACUUUUUGACAGAUGGUCACAACAUCAACAUUAUGUUAGUAUUAUAUUGAAUUCAAGCGAAAAACACAUUCAACAUGUUAAAACAAGCCUGCUAUUUCGUAUUGCUCGUGGUAUCAGUAACUUGCGAGUUGAAUCUUACUACACCUCUGUUUUUUGAUCCAUAUAAUCCUUUUUUCGGGUGUGAAGAACCAAUUUAUCGAGUUCCGCCGGGGGUGGCGACCAAUUUGGUGUGUCCGCAUCAAGUAUACGCCAACUAUAAACAAGAAAUAGAAGACGUACGAAAAGAAAGAAUAUUUGAAACUCUUUACUACGUCAAAACAGAAGACGAGUAUGUUAACUGCGAUGCAAGAUCUGGUAUCGUAUGGUUACAGUGUGACACAGUAGACCCAGUCAACAAAACAUGCUACCCUCAUCCAAGGGGGCGCGGAUAUUUUCCCUUAUUAAGGGCAUGCAACGGCUAUGACAUAUUCAGAUUUAUACCAAAACAAGAAAAAGACUCAACUGCAAUAGAUUUCCGUCCAGGACACACAUAUCGGUUUAUAGCAACGUCAUUUAGGACAAAAAUGUAUCUAGAACAACUCCAACUAGGCAGCUGUUCUCGAACUAAAAACAAGGGAGAUUAUAAACUUCGCUUCAAAGUUUACGUUUGCACCGAUGAGGAGGUUAAAAGGGGAGAUUGCGAAAUUGAAGAUUCUCAAAAGUGUCAACAAAAUUGCCAGCUUAAAAACGAGACAUUUUAUCAAGAUAGCAACGGAAACUGCUACAUGAAACAACGAAAAUUAUGUGUGAGCGAUGCGUUAGGUGUUACAAUGAAUAAAACCAAAGAAAUUAAAAUUGACUGUCAACCACCAAGCUAUACAAAAUGGAGAAAUAUCACAACACAAUAUUACAGUGAUGGAGAAUGUCAUAUAGUGCAAGAGAGAAACUGCACUUUUGUAUUUACUGGUAAAUCGUACACAGAAACAAGAAAGAUAAGCAAACCAUGUGAGAAAAUGUCAUGCGAAAAGUGGAAAUUGAAAGGGGAUAGGGAAUACGAAGUUAACGGCACGUGUUAUGGAGUAGCCAUACGGUCCUGUUCAGGUGUUGGUUUCAACUAUGUUGAACAAAAAGAAGUCAACGUUACAUGUAGGAUAUCUCAAGCAGUAAGAGGAGAUGCUGAAGAGGGUGAUAUCCAUUUCCAACUGUACAUUGCAAUCGGUGCUGCAAUACUUGCUUUGUUGUUUGGUAUGGUGAUUGGCGUGAUGUGUAUGCGUUAUCAACACAACAAGAGAUGCCCCACAAAAACAAACGCGGUUCUAACUAGUGCACCAUCAAGCAUACAAAGCAAUUCUCCAUCCAAUGGUCAUACCAACAAAGUAUUUGAACAUGAAGUGAUAACGGGAGAAAUAUUUCAUUUCGGAAGUGAUGAGAUACCGCCACCACCAUCAUACACAUCAGAAGGGAAACAGUACCUCGAAAGAAGUCACUCAGCUUUCUCUCCUUCCAGUGUUAACCGAAGUGUUUCUUUUCAUUAUGGGGACGAGAGUGUAUUUACCAGUCCAGAUCCGAUCGCAUAUCGCCACUAUCAACCCAGAAGACCAGGACGAAACAGAGUGAACAGAAAUUCGAGCGCAAUAUCAACAGCUCAGUUGAUGAGACACUACAGCGAUGCCUCGUCUAGACAAUCCAGAUUGACCAGUAUUGACCUAUCUAAUGGUGGGCCAUCAAGGCAGACAAGUUUAAAGUCACAAAUGCCAAUAUACGAUGAAGUGCAGGAGGCUAUUAUAUAG